CUAAUCAUGCAAUUUCUCACAUUUUUUAUACACUACAAACACACAGAGAGAGAGAGAGAACUAAAUAGCACCCAUCUCCUUCCCAACUCAAAUCAUUCACUCCUUUUUUAUACACCCACCCUUUUCAGAGCUAAAGCAUUAUCAACUCUCUCUCUUACAAAAUGGUUCUAGUAUCCAACCAUGGAGACAAAGAUGGAGCACAUCAAGACACUGCUUUGGAUUUUCAUGGAAAUCCAGCAGACAAGUCAAAAACUGGUGGAUGGCUUGCUGCAGGGCUGAUUUUGGGAACUGAACUCUCAGAGAGGAUAUGUGUUAUGGGGAUAGCAAUGAAUCUGGUGACAUACUUGGUUGGGGAUCUGCAUAUUUCUUCCGCAAAAUCUGCGACCAUUGUCACCAACUUCUUGGGUACUCUUAAUCUCCUAGGUUUACUUGGAGGUUUCUUGGCAGAUGCUAAACUUGGUCGGUAUUUGACAGUUGCAAUCUUUGCAUCCAUAACAGCUUUGGGGGUAACUCUAUUAACACUGGCAACAACCAUCUCCAGCAUGAGACCACCACCGUGCAGCGACUACAGAAGACAGCAUCAUGAAUGUGUUGAAGCCAAUGGCAAGCAGCUGGCUCUGCUAUAUGCAGCACUGUACACCAUAGCACUUGGUGGUGGAGGUAUCAAGUCCAACGUUUCAGGGUUCGGUUCGGAUCAGUUCGAUUCGACGGAUCCCAAGGAGGAGAAGGCUAUGAUCUUCUUCUUCAAUAGGUUCUAUUUCUGCAUAAGCAUAGGUUCAUUGUUUGCAGUGAUAGUGCUGGUUUAUAUACAAGAUAAUGUGGGAAGAGGGUGGGGAUAUGGAAUCUCAGCAGGGACAAUGGUGAUUGCUGUGGCUGUGUUGAUUUGCGGGACAGCUUGGUAUCGUUUCAAGAAGCCUCGAGGUAGCCCUUUAACGGUGAUAUGGAGAGUAUUGUUGUUGUCUUGGAAAAAGAGGAAUCUUCCUUACCCUUCUCAUCCAAGUCUUUUGAAUGAUUACCACAAUUCUAGGGUCCCCCACACUCAGAAGUUCAGAUGUCUGGACAAGGCUUCAGUUAUAGAAGACAACAUCUCUGCUGGAGGCAACAAAAACAACCCUUGGAUAGUAUCCACUGUAAUGGAAGUUGAAGAGGUGAAAAUGGUACUGAAACUCAUCCCCAUUUGGUCCACAUGCAUCCUUUUCUGGACAGUCUAUUCUCAGAUGACCACUUUCACCAUUGAGCAAGCAACCUUCAUGGAGAGAAAGCUUGGCUCCUUGCUUGUUCCUUCUGGUUCGUUUUCUGCUUUUCUCAUCAUCACCAUUCUUCUCUUUACGUCCCUUAACGAAAGGCUCUUCGUACCUCUGGCUCGAAAUCUUACCCACAACCCCCAAGGACUCACAAGUCUUCAAAGAAUUGGUAUUGGACUAGUUUUUUCAGUAGCUGCAAUGGUGGCCGCUGCUGUUAUUGAGAAGGAGAGGAGGAUAAUAGGUGUUCAACGAAAUUCCCAAAUAAGUGCUUUUUGGUUAGUUCCGCAAUUCUUCCUGGUGGGUGCUGGGGAAGCUUUUGUUUAUGUUGGACAACUUGAAUUUUUCAUCAGAGAAGCACCUGAAAGGAUGAAAUCAAUGAGCACAGGGCUUUUUCUGAGCACACUCUCAAUGGGUUUCUUUGUUAGUAGUUUGUUGGUGUCAAUAGUUGACAGAGUGACCAACAAGACAUGGCUGAGGAGUAAUCUGAACAAGGGAAGGUUAAAUAACUUCUAUUGGUUGCUUGCUUUGCUAGGAACGUUGAACUUCUUUGUUUUCUUGAUGUUUUCAAUGAGACAUCAGUACAAAGUUCGGCUUACACCAGGGGACUCUGGUGAAAAGGAUAUUAAAGCUUCCAAUGACUUGAUUGCUGUUGAGAUGGAGAAGGUCAGUGAUGGAAAAGAGGGAGCUCUGGUGUAAUGUUCUCAUGUGCCUUUCAAUCCUUAUUUUGAUCUAAAUAUUCAUAUUUUACUUGAAAUGUACCACGCUUAGUGUAGUAAUAAGUACACAUUUCGCUUGGCCCAGAUUUAGUUCGGUGACUAAAAAUAUAUCGCUCGAAAAUAACAUUCGAGAGUCCAUACCUCAGUUCUCCUACCAAUUAGAAAUAUAUAUGUUUUCCUUGCAUUUUAGACCUAAAAAUAUAUGUACAUUUUCCUUUCAGUGUUAGCAGAAAGGCGAAAUUGUUGGAUUUCUUCA